AUGCUCCUUUUCGUAAAAUAACCUAAAUUGAACCUAAACAACACGUUUUGAACUUAAAACAUUUUCAAAUUUGUGUGGUUUAUUACUUGUCAGCUUGUAGCAACCUUUGUGUCUGGUAUUAUAAAUUGUGAUAAAAUGGUUAUAGUGAAAGCAAAAACUUUAGACAAAAAGAGAAAACUUGAUGAAAAAAUGGCUCCUGUUUCGAAAAAUAAGAGGACAAAAUUAGUGGAACAAACGAAAGAAAAAAUUGUGAAACAAAAAGUUGAGAAACCCAAGAAGACUUCAAAGAAGAUAAUGAAAAAUUUGAUUGCACUGAAAACAUAUGACCCGAAAUAUGAAGAGGUAUCUAAAAAAUUCAAUAUUCCAAUAGAAUUAGUGGAACAAAAUUUAACCAAUAUAGUCAAAUUGGUGGAAGAAAAUCCACGUCUUCAAACCACAUUAUUUGUAGAGAGGUUUCCGAUUUUCCUCCAACUUAAUAUUAUAAAAAUACCUAAAUGCUACCCAAAGUUGAUCAGGGUUCAACUGGAGCAUUCCAUAUUAGACCCUGAAGAUGACGUGUGUUUUAUUGUCCCUGAUUUGAAGCAGUUCAAGAAUAAGGAGUAUGAGCAACAUAUUGAAUACUAUGAAGAUUUGUUCAAACAGAAGGGAAUUGAGGGAAUAAAAAAAAUCAUGACUUUCAAUCAAUUGAAAUCCGAAUAUGAAAAUUUCGAAUUGAAAAGAGGAUUAGUAGAAUUAUAUGACAUGUUUUUGGUAGAUGGUAGAAUAAGUGGUCGUGUAGUUCAUCAACUGGGUAAAACUUUCUAUAAGAAACGUAAGAUUCCCACUCCUAUCAAAAUGGAUUCCUUGAAAUUGAAGGAUAACAUUGAAGCAGCAUUCAAGAAGAGCACAUUUCAACUUCACAGCAAGGGUGAUAGUUUCAUGUUACAAAUAGGACACAAUAAGAUGAGCGAGAGAGAAUUGGUAGAAAACGUUUUCUCUGCAAUUGACAGUUUAGAUAAAACUUUUCCUGGAGGAAUUAGUAAUAUGAGAUCUAUAAAUAUCUUUGCUAGAAGAGGAUCAUCGCUGCCGAUAUAUGUUUCUCUUGCAAAUCCAAACACUGUUAAAGUACCAAAGGUGAUUUUGAAGAGACCAAAACUUUCGAAGAUCGUUGAAGGUGAACUCACAACUAAGUUGAACUGUAAGGUGAAAGUAAAGCCUACAGGAGAGGUUAUUUUAAAAAAACAAUAAAUAUGUAUAUUUGUA